GCUGCGGAGGCAGCGCGGGUCGCGCUGGGCUGGGGACGGCUGCGAGGAGGGGACGGGACGGGACAGGGCUGCAGCCGUUGCCGCCACCGCCUGAGGCGUUGGAUGCUGUGAGGACGUGCCCGCGCCUCGCGCCUUUCCCUUUCUCCCCUGCCACCGACGGUCUUCCGUGAGCUGCGGCUCCCAACGGACAAUGUCCCACCAGCGCGUGAGGCGCAACGGCUCCCCGACCCCGGCCACCUCCCUGGGGGGAGGAGGCGCGGCGGCGGCGGGUGGCGGAGCGGGAGCGAGCAGCCGCCUCCAGCCCAUGCGGGCCACGGUGCCCUUCCAGCUCAAGCAGCAGCAGCAGCAGCAACAUGGCAGCCCCACGAGGAGCGGCGGCGGCGCGAGCACGCCAGGCGGGGGUCUCCCACGCGCGGCGCCCGCAACGCGCAGCAUCAGCCCCACACGCGUGGCGCCCACCGGCAGCAGUAACGGCGGGCGCGGCGGCCCCGCCAUGGCCACGCAGACGCCGGGGGGAGGGGGAAGCAGCGCCGCCGCCUCAGCCGCCGCCGUCGCCUCCUCGCGGGGCAGCCCCACGCGUGCCGGCGGAGCGCGGGGGAGCCCCCAGCGGCCCCACCACCUACCGCCGCCUCCCCCGCCGCCGGGCUGCGGGCCCUCACCUUGCUCUUCUCCGGUGCCUCCGCUGCCGGAGGGCAGCGCUACAGCGGCAGGCAGAGUCCGGCAGGGGCGGCACUCGCCGGAGCAAGGCAGGAGCUCCCCGGAGAGGAAGAGCCCCAGCUCCCCCGUCUGCAAAGCUGACAAAUCAAGACCACCUUCAUCAAGCCCUUCCAGUAUUAUUCGCCGGACUUCCUCAUUGGAUACACUUGCUGCUCCAUAUCUUGCAGGACAGUGGCCUCGUGAUAAUCAUGGACAAGCUGCUCCAUGUAUGAGAGACAAAGCCACGCAGACAGAAAGUGCCUGGGCUGAAGAAUAUUUAGAAAAGAAGAGAAGCUCACACAAACGUUCAGCAUCAUGGGGAAGCAAUGAUCAACUCAAGGAGAUUGCAAAAUUGCGUCAACAGUUGCAGAGAAGCAAACACAGCAGUAGGCAUCAUCGUGAUAAAGAAAGACAGUCUCCAUUUCAUGGUAACCAUGCAGCCAUUAACCACAGUCAGGCUCCCAUCCCAAAGUGUGCUCUUGUUCCUGUGAUACCCAUUACCAAGUCAACAGGAUCACGAUUCCGAAACAGUGUAGAAGGACUGAAUCAGGAGAUUGAGAUAAUAAUUAAGGAGACAGGAGACAAGGAGGAACAGCUUGUUCCUCAAGAUAUUCCAGAUGGACAUCGUGCACCGCCUCCAUUGGUUCAGCGUAGUAGUAGUACUCGCAGCAUUGAUACCCAAACGCCUGGUGGAGCAGACAGGGGUAGUAACAACAGUAGCCGCUCCCAGUCAGUAUCUCCAACCUCAUUUCUUACCAUCUCUAAUGAAGGCAGUGAAGAAGGUCCAUGUUCUACAGAAGAUCUGCUUGCUGAUUCCAGAGAUAAAGAGAAUGGGAAUAAUUCUCCCUUGCCAAAAUAUGCUACCUCACCAAAACCAAACAACAGCUACAUGUUCAAGCGUGAACCUCCAGAGGGCUGUGAAAAGGUGAAGGUCUUUGAGGAAAGCUUGCCAAAGCCAUUGCAUGAAAUUCCAGCCUUCUACUGCCCUGACAAGAACAAAGUGAAUUUCAUUCCUAAAAGUGGCUCUGCUUUCUGUCUUGUCAGCAUCCUCAAGCCACUUCUUCCCACACAGGAUCUCACACUUAAGGGCACUACACACAGCCUGACUAUCUCCUCCGGCAUGGCGCCCAGUUUGUUACAGCCCAUUUCUAUGGCCUCCUUGUCUACAAACACAGAUCAAGACAGGAUCUCCCGUGGAACAAGUACGGUAAUACCACAGACCUCUAUACUCCAGCAGUCGGGACAUAUUGAGGAAGCUGAAGGAUAGAUUUAGAUUGUCUUGACAUUUUUCUGGCCAACUACUGGGAAAAAAUUGGAACCAGUUGACUGGACCUUUCUGAUCACACUAUUUGCAUUGUUUUAACAAUUUAUGGCACUGUCAUAAAUGAACUGUUUGUAUAAUUGACAGUUUGGUAGCACAUCGAGAAGUUCAGGAUGAUGCAGCAGCUGAUACUCUGUUGAACUUUCUGCUUAUGAAGACUCCUGUUCUGUUUCUCUCCCGCUUUUUUUAAACACUGGUGAAAACAAAGACUGUCAUAAUCUUUUGCCAUUUAAAGGACCAGUUGUUGUGAUGCUGUGUCCCCUUUGACUUUUUUCCCAUUAAAACAAAAAUCUCAAGACCAACCAGCUGAUCCCAUUUACCAUUGUAAUCUGAGAGGGAGGGGCAAUCAAAUGGUUUUGCAAGAUGUCUUUUGUAUGAAAAUGUCUAUUUUGUAACAAAAAUUUGCCUUUUCUGGUGCGUAGCAGAUGGUGUUUAGAAGACGCUUCCCUGGUGAUGAUCCUCCCCCCGCCUUUUUUUUUUUUUUGGGGAAGGUUUUUUUUUACUUGGCUGUUUUACAGCUACUGGGACCAAAGGAUUGCUGAAAUAUUUCAGCAGUCUUAAAUUAUAUGACCUUGCUGAACAGCCUCAGCCAUAAACAAAAUAAGACAAGUUAAAUUUGAAACUUUUAAAACAGAAGAGUAUCCAAAAAGCAGUGUUAGUAUAUAGCGUAUAUUUUUUUUUUGCUAUCGGUAUUUUGUGCUUCAGGUAAGUCACAUUCUUAAAACUUCUUCCUUCACAGAAUUCCCACCAGUGUUGGUUUACUGGCUGGAAAAUUACGUUUUAAAGCACUUGCCCCAGUAUUAUUCUAUUUGUCCAUAGGAUUUUUGUGCAGGGGUGGGGAAAAAAAUGCUAUCCUCUUACUUGGUAUUACUUCUUCCAGAAAAUAUGCCACUUGCCUCUUGCAGGCUUGCUUGGCUACUUAUGGACUUAGUCAGCCUGAAUCAUUAAUCAUUCUUAGCACGAAUUUGCUCUGACAUGACUCAUCACUGUAUUAUAGACCCUGGCCACGUAAUACUGAAAUAUCCAUGCAUGAUUUCCUCCUUUUUGUCAUAGUGGUGUUUUGUGUGUGUCUGUUGAAGGUGAUGGUUUGUCAGGCAUGGUAUCUGUUACACAAAGUUUACAGCAGCAGAUACAUUCUCCCUUUUUGACUAGCAGCUUAAGCUGGCAUGUAAAAUAGAGGAUUUUUUGAUACCUGGUCUGUCCUGAUAUGCAACAGUUUAUGGUUUCUUUUGAAAUUGUAAUAAAAGAUGAAAAUAGGGGGGGUGAGAGGGAGUAAUUGCAAAUGGAAACUGUUCGGGAACUUUAGUGAGGUUUCUCAUGUGUUCCUGGAGCGUGUUACUUGGGUUUGAGUAAAUACAAUAUAGAUAUGCAGAAAACUGCAGUGACCUGAAUACCAGUGUCGUAUCAACUUACAAAACAAGUUGACCUUGUAUCUUUUACAGAGUUAGAUUCAACAAUUUCAAAGUAAGUGUCAUUGUGGACAGUCUGUGGGUCUGAAUAUUGGUCUGUUACACGUGAGCAAUUCUCACUGGCUUGCAUAUACAUAGCUUCCAUGGGUCAUAUUCAGGUCCCCUCAUAACUACAUCAAUUUAAAGAUGAUACUGCAAAUAUAAGAAUUUUGUUCAGUGCUUAAUAUGCUAAAUUUGGUUGCAGACAUUUCACUUGGGAGAAAAAAAACCCUGCAUACCUGUGCAGAUAAGUCAUAGUUUUGAUGCAUGUCUACUGUCCCUUUAAAUCCUACAUAAAUAACUAUGAUAGCAAUGUACUUUACUCAGCAAGUAAGUGUAAAUUGCACUAGCAUGUGCAAGUCCUAUAUUCAUAGCAUAAUAAACCCUUUUUAAAACAUUAUGCAAAAAUUCAGCAAAUGAAUAAUGUACUAGGAAGUAAUAAAAUAUUAGACCUGUUAAAUUAGCAAACAAGCAGGAUUUGGUUUACUAUCUUUCUUCCCAUCAAAAUAGAUAGGAUUGUGCAGAUGGGACUGAAGAACUCUGUUUUGAAGUAACAGCUCUGAUUUACACUGAGGAAGUUGUUGAGGGACAGAGUUUUAAAAUAAGCGGCUUUGUGCAUCAAAGUUGUAUAAUUUGGCCAGUUGAUAAUUCUUUUCUAGGGUUUGUGGAUAUUAGUUUCUUCUGAAACUGUUACAGUGCAAUUUGAAGUCCAAAAUGUCCUUUAGAUAGGUUUGUUUAAACCUGGUAUGAGUGUAUUCAUGGAAGAUCAGAUCAUUCAGGUGAAGGAAGUGCUUGUAAGUCUGUUUUCUAUUUCUGUAACAGUAGCAUGUAAAGAGCUUCUCCAUCAAUGCCAAACUGCCUAGUCCUUUAUCAGGAGAUCUUAACUGAAUGGUUAAGAACCAAAGGGCUAAAGUUAACAAAUAGCCUUUAUUACAGCCUUGAGACUUAACUGACUUCACCAAAACUACAUUCUGAUGUUUGUUUUCAUCAUAGAGUGACUCUCCGGAAUAGCAGUGGGCUUUCUUACCCUAGGACUUUUUUUGCACCUGCUUUUGUAGUACUGGAGCAUCUCUUUGGUAGUUUACAUUGUAUGUUAGUGGACAAUGUACUGUACAAAUUAGUGAGCUGCUCUGAUAAAAACCAAAUGUAAAUGUGUGAGGUUUUUGCUUUUUAUAAAAACUGCAUUCAGGACAACAGUCAGUCUUUUUUAUAUGCAGGACAACUUGACUAUUGUGGUGGCAGCUCUACUUUAUUAUGAAUCCACACUAAAAACUCAGAAUUAAGAAAAUCUGACAGCUCUGGUUCCGAGACCAGCUUUUACAUGUGUUCAUACAAAAAUUAGCCUUAAACUUUUUAUGUGCUAUCUUGUGCCAUAGUAGAGCUGUUAGAUAAAGUAUUUAAAUCAAUUUCAAAAAAGCUUUGAGAGUGCAUGGAACUUUUUAAAAAUUAUUUUAUGUAUAGAGUGGGAUAUAAAGUUUUUUGAGGGUUGACCCAUGCGUUACUCAAGCACAGUUUUACUGAAACAGUUUGAGUUCUUUUGGCAUACUUUAAAUCCUAACUAUGCAUAGACCUAGUCAGUUCCUUGAUUGCCUACUUUGUAGCUUAAGAAUUAAAGGUCUAUUUUUAUGCACAACUUGACAUACUUGAUACUCUUGUUUUCUUGGUAUUUUACACUUUUAGCCACACUUAAAGGCUAGUGGCAAUGUUCAGUAACACUGGCAGUUGAUUUUGAGAUCUACUAAAUGGUAUUCCUUCAGUUAUAAAUUCUACAUAAGUCAUAAGGAAGGAAGUUGUCAUAAUGAAGGUCUGUGGCUGCAGCUAUGACUGUUGGAAUCUUUUUUUAAAAAAAAAAAAAAACCAACAAAAAACCAAACCUCAAGGCACAAGGGAAGAGGACUUCUUUGUUAAAGCUUGAUCUGCUUCAGCUAUUCUUUCCUUGCUUGAUGCCAUAAUCCUGUAGCAACAAAUUUAAGUACUUGGAAAAGUAACAGGCAAUGCUUAGUACAUAUAUCCUGUAAAGAAAUUCUUGGUUGCACGUGCAUAUCCCAAGUGAGGGGGAAAAGGGAGUGAAAAUUAAAUAUUGUAUACUGUGGAAGUAAAUGAUUGCUGUGUUUGAUUUACGUAAAGCAAUAGCAGCUCUUAGAAAGUAUGUUUAGUCUCAGGGCUAUUUUUUGGUUUGUUCUAAAAUACAAUUUACUGGAAUUCAGAAUCUGAGAAUUUUGGAAAACACUGAAGCUGAGCCUUUUGGGAAGAAAAAAGUCAUAUUCAUUAACCUUUCUUCUGCCUCAGGCCUAACUUCUUAUUGCUUAUUGAGUUUAAUAGAAUUCAGUGGUACAGCAAUAAUUCCUUGCUGAAGUAUUACCUGUUCUCUCCCUGCCACCGCUGAAAUGCUAACUGAUGUAUUCACAGUAGCUUACUGCCAGUGAUGUCCACGUUUCCUUGCUGAGUACCUGACAGCUGCUCGGUGAAACUGAAAGGGUGAAGGAGUAUGCAUAGAAAGUCACCAGAGACUUGCAGUUACAAAGAUCAGUGCUGGAGGGUGACUUCUUAGGUAUCUUGAUUUCCAUUUGACUCAUCAUGUACAUGCACA